AUGUUUUACGCUGUGAUCUUCUUUGCCACAAUAGUGCUGCUCUUCCUGGUCAGUGGAGUGCGUAAGCCAUCGCAUUUUCCGCCAGGACCACGCUGGUAUCCAAUAGUGGGCUGCGCGUUGCAGAUUUCACAGCUGCGGGUGCGCCUGGGCAUGUUCUGCAAGGUGAUCGAUGAGCUGGCCAAGCGUUAUGUCAAUCCCUAUGGCUUCUAUGGCUUGAAGAUAGGCAAAGACAAGGUGGUUAUAGCAUAUACUAAUGCAGCCAUAAGCGAAAUGAUGACAAAUGAGGACAUUGAUGGACGACCCGAUGGCAUAUUCUAUCGCCUGCGCACCUUCAACUCGCGCCUGGGCGUGCUGCUGACCGAUGGCGACAUGUGGGUGGAGCAGCGUCGCUUUAUAGUGCGUCAUCUGAAGAAUUUUGGCUUUGCACGCGCCGGCAUGGUGGACAUAGUGCACAAUGAGGCGAGCUGCUUGCUACAGGAUUUGCGUGCACGUGUGGAUGCAGUGGGUGGCAAGCAGGCGCGCAUUGAGAUGCACGAUUUGACCAGUGUCUAUGUGCUAAACACGCUGUGGUGCAUGCUGAGUGGUCAUCGCUAUGACAGCGGCUCGGCGGAGAUUAAAGAGCUGCUGGAGACGUUCUUUGAGCUGUUUAAAAAUAUUGACAUGGUGGGCGCGUUGUUUAGUCAUUUUCCGCUGCUGCGCUUUAUAGCGCCGGAGUACUCCGGCUAUACGGGUUUUGUAGAGAGUCAUCGCGCGCUUUACGCUUUUAUGAGCAAAGAGAUUGAGGAGCAUCGUCGCAGCUAUCGCAACUAUGAUGAGCCACGUGAUCUGAUGGACAGUUACCUGCGCGCGCAGGAAGAGAGCGACAGUGCCAUGUUUAGUGACGAGAGCUUGCUGGCAGUGUGUCUGGAUAUGUUUCUUGCCGGCUCGGAGACCACUAAUAAAAGCUUGGGCUUUUGUUUUAUGCACUUGGUGCGUCAGCCGGAAAUACAAGAGCGAGCAUAUGCUGAGAUCAAAGAGGUGGUGGGCUUGGAGCGCAUACCCGAGUGGUCAGAUCGUGCCAAGCUGCCGUAUUGUGAGGCCAUUACUUUGGAAGCCGUGCGUAUGUUCAUGCUGCACACCUUUGGCAUUCCACACCGCGCUGUCUGCGAUACGCGCCUGUCUGGCUAUGAGAUACCCAAGGAUACAAUGGUGAUAGCCUGCUUUCGCGGCAUGCUUAUCAAUGGCGUCGACUUUCCCGAGCCGGAAGCAUUUGAUCCCACGCGUUAUCUUAUCGAUGGACAGAUCAAGCUGCCAGAGUCUUUUAAUCCCUUUGGCUUCGGUCGUCAUCGUUGCAUGGGUGAUCUGCUGGGACGUCAGAAUCUAUUUAUGUUUACCACAACGCUGCUGCAGCACUUCAAGCUGGUGGCCAUACCAGGACAAAUGCCUGAGCAGGUGCCGCUCGAGGGCGCCACUGCAGCUGUUAAGCCCUAUGAGGCUUUGCUUGUGGCCAGAAGUUAA